AUGUCAGAUAAAAUUGUUAAUGUUAAUGAUUGGAAAUAUUCAACUCUGCAAUAUUUAUUUGAUAUACGAAAAUCAGAAUGUGCAAAUUAUGAAAAAGCUAGAAAAGCAAUAAUGGAACACAAAAAGGCAUUAGAAGAUGAAAUUGACAAGUACGCUAAUAAAAUGUUAGAGGAGUUAAAUAAACCGUGGAUGAAAAUAAACGAAACAAUAACCAAACAGGAAAAACAGCUUCAUCAACGUGAUAUCCCAUUAGAAAGAACCUUUAUUUUACCAAUAAAUAAACUACCGCAAUUCUCUGAUGGCAAAUUAUUAGAAGAGUGCAUUUCAAAAAUGUUCGGCAGUUUAGUUAAUAGAAGCGAUAGAGGUGAGGAAAUUGAAUUAGCAAAAAUUAAAUCGUAUGACACGGAUUUAUUGUAUAUUAACCCUAUAUGUCCUAUUAACGACAAAACUUUACUGAUUGGAUGUGCUGCAGAUAAAGUUCUAAAAUUAGUAGCAAUGGAAAAUAAAUUUAAGGAAAUCAACGCUUUGAAUGAAGUUCAAGUUUCUUCUAUAGUUUCAAGCUGGUCGGGGAAAGUGAUUUUAUCGGAAUCAAACGAUACGUUUCUAAAACUUCUAGACAGUGAUGGAUCAUUACAACAGUUAGUCGAUUUCAAUCCAUUGAUUCCAAAAGGAGUAUUUAUAACGGAUGAAAACGAAAUUUUUGUAGGACUUCGAGAAAAGACAAGAAAUCCAUUCGUGUUAGACCGAUAUAGCGAAAGACAGGUACGUCAUUUAGACUCUCAUAGUAGAACAAGGCACAUAUAUGAAUUUGAUGAAAACCAAAAGAGGCUAUUCACAGUGCCAUCCAGAAUUAUUGCUAACAACUUGAAUUUUCAUGUUCUUGAUACUGAAAAGGAAGAUAAUGGAAGAAUUAUUACCUUGGAUUUUCCUGGAAGAGUCAAAUGGAUCUAUAAUGGACACGCAUUUUCUAAAUUCGCCUUUUGUCCGAACGAUUUUGCGUUGUCUCCGCAAGGAUAUCUGGUUGUUACCGACACAUAUAAUGACGCCCUGCACUUUUUAAACAAUCAAGGUGACAUUUUACUCUAUAAAUCACUUAGUAUUUUUGGAAUAUCAUUGCCUUGUAGUGUUGCGUUGGAUUUUAAAAGUCAACUUUGGGUAGGAACCGGUCGCGACAAUACCAAAUGUGCAAAGGUUCAUGUUCUAUCAAUGUCCUAA